AUUUUUUAAAUUUGACGCUUUUUUCUACUGACGGAAAUGGCUUUUCUGAAAUUUAGAACCACUAAUAAAGGAAUGAAUUAGGGUUCCUGUGACUUAAAAGUGUGAAAACAGUUAAUUGACGAUUAUGCAGUUUCCUAUGCGAUGACGACACUGCUCUAUGACGUCGUCAGGUGGGAAGCCCCUUCUAACUAUACGUUCCGUUACAAAUAAUAACUUGUGCCCUGCUAUACAAACUUGUCUUCUCUUAUCACAUUCCUAAUUAUUAUUAUCAUUGUGGUAAAACUCGUUGUUAUGUAUUAUCACUGUAUUAUAGGAUAAUUCGGUAGUAACAUUUUAUUUCAGUGCUGAGUUUACUUUUCUGGCUUGUAGCAAUUUGAGCAAUGGAACGUAAUCUUUUUUUUUUGACAUUGACAUUUAUUAAUUUUAUUAAUUAACUCAACUUUAGUUAAUACUAAUCUUUCUUUCUACGAUCUGGAGCUUUUAUAAGUUGUUUUGUAUUUGAGAAAACUUGGUUGGAGGGCGAAAAUUACCGGAUAAAAUGUAUAAGAACAACGCCAAAAAGCAAGUGUCUCUGAAAUAAGAUGGUGCGUGUCGAAACUCUACCGUUCCACGCUUCUCAAUUUCGCACGAUAAUGGCAACAAAUUAUUCAAAGCUAAAGGAAUUAAUUACACUGAGGGUCAGUAUGAGUGAUAUGCACAGCCAAAUACUACAUGCGAUGAAAGGUUUAUACCAAAACGAUAUCAACUCUGCCAGGAGAUACGAGCAAAUAACUACAAUUGGAAAACUUUUAAAGGUUUUGGAACUUAGAGAUGUACUGUCUGAAGAGAAUAUUUUGCCAUUACAAGUGCUAGCUCAGAGACUCCCAGAUAAUAUGGAGAUAAUGAAUAGCAUCAGCUGUUAUGAGCAAAAUCGUGGUCCUAAACAAAACUUAAAUCAAUAUGGAACCAAUCUAGAACAACACACUAACAAGGUAAUGACUUUUUUGAACAAAAAUGGCAUAUACUCGAAAAAGCAGUGUGAUGUCAGAAUAAGAGAAAGAAAAGCAUUGAAACUUGCUAACAAUGAAUCAUUUUCGAAACUAAAAGAUAAUGCUUUGAUCAUCAUCCUGAACAGCCUCCUGAUGAUCAUGAUCCUGGAGCAAAUAGUGACAUCUGUUGUGGACAUUCAACUUUUACCCGUUGCAAUAAUCUGCGUCCAUGCAGCCUUUCUUGGAGCAGUCCUGAACUCUCUCAUUGAAGAUUAUCAACGUAAUCAAAUUACAGCUGGCAAAAAUACUGACGGUGUUAUGUCAAUAUACAACCAUUCAUAUCAUAUGAGAGAUACACAAAAAAAAUGCUUGACAAAAAAGGAUGAUGGCAAGACUCGUAAAUGGAGGGUCAUUAUAGAUGCAUGUAAAACUGUCUAAUUUUUUUUGGGAUUUGGGAUUGGAACAAGGAAGGAAAACUUAACAAGAAUUGUCACGAAAACCUCGCAACAUCGGGUCUUCUCCAGAUACGCCAUAAGAAAGCUGAAAAAUAAUCAAUUUGUGCAUCAAAAUGGACAACGGACGAAGCCAUCUUUGUAUAGAUACAUAAAAUUGCAGAGAUUAUGGCAGUUUUGAAGUCAAAGAACUUAAUAAAGUGCAUGGAGUAUUUCGACUCGGUCCCAAUAGAAAACUUUAUUGGUCAGAGGCGCGACGAUAAUUUUCGAAAUAAUGAUUGCCGAACAAUUGAAGCAAGAUUUAAAUCACUUCUUUUAUCAAAAUAUUUAAAUUUCCUUUCAGAAAGUUUCAAUUAUGAAAAAGACUCUGGAUAUGAAACAACUGAAACAACAAAAGGAUUUAAUGAGUCAAUAAGAAACCUUCAUAAGCGUGUUAUUCAAAAUAAUAAUAUAGGCAGAUUUUUUUACAAUCAGUUACAUAAUCGCUUUCAACUAUACGCAUGCACACAAAACUAUAAAUAAAAAUAAAUCUAACCCCUCAAGGCAUGAAGCGAAGGACUUAGACAUAGCUGUGAAAAAACUAAAAAAGUAUAUAUAUAAACAAAUGCAAUUCUUGUUUAUCCUAUUUAUCAUAAAUAUACUCUUGUUUGUAACAUUAAUCUUAAUAUUAAUACAUCAAGCUUAGGAUAACAUUUUGGUUUUGAUGAUACAAUACAGCAGGUAAAUAGCUCGAGAGAUACUUACCAACAGUGUUGGCCGAAACGUUAAUGCAAUUGACCAACCACCAUUACAAAUUAUACCCUAAACUGUAACUGUCCGUUACGGUUUACAGUUCAAUUUGUAAUGGUUAAUUGCAAUUAACGUUCGGCCAACACUGCUUACCAAGUUACCAGUGAAAAUAUAGCGGUUAAUUUAUAGGUUUUUAUAAACUUUUCUGAAAGGGAUUUUAAAUUACUAGUUGAAGUGCUUUUUGCGGCGUUUGCUAUCAUCAGGUAUCCUGUUUUCCGAACGCUCGUAGAGUCAGACAUGUAAAAUUAAAGAAUAAAAUAUCCAAUUUAUUUUG